GUAACAUUUAAAACCUUAUGGAAGUCAGUCGCAUGUUAUCGCUAAGUCAAAUCGCGUACUUUAUAUAAUACUUUUUCAGAGUAUGACUUUCAGCUAACAAAAAUAAUGAAUGAUUAAAUAACAAUUCAUAUUUUACAAACAAAUCGGUCUAACUGCAAAAAAUAAUGCGAUAAAUUAAACAUUUACUAAUAAAACUGUGUGUCUUAAUCGAAAUAGCCGAAAUUUUCAAGUUAAUUGUCGCGAUUUUUGAAAACAUUCGAUCAUGUGUGAGUGUAAGUUAAUUUAUUUUUGUGCUAUGCUGGUGUCGAUUGUGACUUGUUUUAAUAUAGAUCAACAAAAUUAUGCAGUUUAUGAACCUGUGGAUAAUAACAGGUCUAUGUUUGGUUUCACCGUAGCCGUCCACAAAGACAGAGGGCACAGGGGAUGGAUAUUAGUAGGAGCACCAGAGGGACAAUCUAUCUUUCAAGACGCGAAUGUUGUUAGAAGAGGUGGUACUGUCUACAAAUGUAGAUCUGAAGGUGAUGAUGUAUGUGAACAGAUACCCUUUGACAGAACAAAUAAUGUUGGGUUUGGAGACAUACCUAUCGAUGAGAAAAGUGGGCAAUGGUUCGGAGCAACACUCAGCUCAUCUGGGCGUAUGGAUGGUCCUAUUGUGGCUUGUGCUCCCAGAUAUAUAUGGUUUACGAAAGAUUUGAAUCGCAGAGACCCCGUGGGAACUUGUUUUGUGUCAAGUGGAGCUUUUGAUAAUUUUGAAGAAUAUUCUCCGUGUAGGACAAUGAAUUGGGGAUACCAUAGACAAGGAUCUUGCCAAGCUGGCUUUAGUGCUGCUAUUAAUAGAGAGGGUGAUCGUCUCUAUGUAGGUGCUCCAGGAAGUUACUAUUGGCAAGGCCAAAUGUAUUCCAUAGAUGCUCAUGCCCAUUUUAACUAUACCCCUGGAAUAUUCGGAAAUUUGGGCUACGGCGCCAAAGGCUCUGUACAUCAACAAAGUUUAGAAACAAGACCAGCUGUAUUUUCAACAAGAGAAGGAAAAGCUCCAGACGAUGAUUCUUAUAUUGGGUAUUCCACCGUUGUAGGACAUUUUCAACAAGGGCAGGAAUAUGAAGGGAUCGCCGUAGGGAUGCCUAGAGGAAACAAGUUAAGAGGAAAGGUUCUGCUGUUCACUUGGGAUUUGGUAAAUUACAAAAACAUCACCAUUAGUAAACAAAUAGGUUCGUACUUUGGAUACGCACUAGCUGCCGCCGAUGUAAACGGAGACAAGAAAUUAGAUCUCAUCGUAGGAGCCCCGAUGCACACAGAACCUAAUACCGAAGGAAAAUAUGAUGUUGGUAGAGUGUAUGUAUUCUAUCAAAGCAGCAAUUUCUUAGAAAGUUUCAAUAAAUCGCAUUUCCUUGAUGGAAUAAACUCAAAAGGUCGCUUUGGACAUGCUUUGGCUUCCCUCGGAGAUUUAAAUCAGGACGGUUUUGAUGAUUUUGCAGUUGGUGCUCCAUAUGAUGGACCGAAUGGACGUGGAGCAGUUUAUAUAUAUUAUGGUUCGAAGGAAGGUAUAAGACAAAAGUUCGGUCAAGUGAUAUACGCAGAGGCCAUUUCCGGUGGUAGACAAUAUUUAACAACCUUUGGAUUCUCACUGACAGGUGGAUUAGAUUUAGAUGACAACGAGUAUCCGGAUAUGGCUGUUGGAGCUUAUUUAUCAAACUCCGCAUUCUUCUUCAGAUCCAGACCUGUUGUUUUCAUUGAUAGUUACGUACAGUUCCAGAGUAUCAAUAAGAAAAUAGAUCUGAAACAGAAAAACUGUCAUUUACCCAAUGGUCAAGAAGGGACCUGUACAUCAAUCGAUUUUUGUAUCAAAUAUUAUGGCAAAGGAAUACCAGAUCAUAUUUAUUUAAAUGUUCAAUACAUCCUGGAUACAUUAGUUAGUGCUCCUCGAAUGGGCUUCCAAUCCUAUGGAACAAACACAUUUAACAACACAAUUUCACUGGCUAUAAAUGCCAAAGAACAUUGUAAACGUGAGGAAGUGUUCAUGAAAAAUGAUUUUAAAGAUAAACUGACUCCCUUAGAAGCCGAAGUCAAAUUUUUUAUGAUUGAAUCUACCACUGCCAAUAACUUUAGAGAUCCUCAAUCAAUUUUGAGACCGAUUUUGGACUUGAACAACCCACCGUCAAGAAAAGAUUCCAUUACUAUUCAAAAGAAUUGUGGACCAGAUGAUAUUUGUAUACCUAAUUUACAUGUGAAUGUUACAUCAAAUGUUGACAAAUAUCUUCUUGGUUCAAAUACGACAAUCGAAUUUGACGUUAUAGUAUCGAACUUCGGAGAAGACGCUUUUGAAACUACUUUCGAAAUUACUUAUCCUGAAGGAGUAUUUUAUAAAGGAUGGAGUAAGAAAAUUGGUUGGCUUUGUAAUGAUGUUGGAAACAGAACAGUUUUAUGCGAAAUUGGAAACCCAUUACCUAGUAAGAAAAUUGCAAACUUCAAAGUCUUAUUUCAGCCUUACCACCAAGAAGGAUUACCCUCCAGCUACAUAUUCAAUUGUUUUGUAAACAGUACUAAUCCUGAACCAAAAGAAACUUGGGAUGAUAAUAAGAUAAAUAUUGUUAUAGAUAUUUGGAUUGAUGCUACUUUGGACGUCAAAGGACAAAGCUAUCCAACACUUCAACCUCUCAGUUAUUAUAAUGAAUCCUUAUCUGAAACAAUGAAAGAAGUACGCAAAGAAACAGAAAUCGGACCAGAAGUUGUUCACAUCUAUUACGUUACCAACAAAGGUCCAUCUCCGAUUCAGGAAGCUGAAGUUUUCAUUCUAUGGCCCCUUACUUCAUUAGGAAACGAAGACUUGUUGUAUUUGAUGGAUCAACCACAUACUCAAGGAAACGUUAAAUGCGAUCACGUUCCUUUGGUCAAUUACAGGAAAGUCAAGCAAGACGUGCAGUCAUCUUCCCUGUGGGAAAGAUAUCACAUAGAUAUUUCGGCAUUUGCAGUCGGAAACAGUGCUCAAAAAAUAACUGGCGAGAAACCUCCAGAAAAUACGAUUGAGAUAGGACCCGGUAUAACAAGCGGAAUAGGUGUCGUUAACAAGGGAACCAAUUUAGAUGUCAAUCAAACUACCGGUGAUGCUUCUAGUAUUUGGGAACAAAGACAUAAUGAAACGGAUACUAGUACAACUGAUUUCAGAACAUGGGGAACGCUUAAUCCUAAUGGGGAGUAUGAAUUAACAGUUAGUAAAGCUUUCACGAGAUACAUCAACGGACAACCAGUAAAGACAUGGGAAAACACCACAACUAUAAGGGAUCGUCAAGGACACGUUCUAAGAACUUUAUAUUUCAACGAUUACACAAAUGAUCAAUACGGUAACAAUAUGGACAGUUUAAGCUACAAAUUUGACUUGAAGCAAGGUGAAUUUGAACACAGACAAGCUAAUUACCAUACCACGUACGAUGAAAACGGAAACGCACAUACUACUUGGCAAAAUAAAACCAUCAUAACAGAUUCUAAUGGAAAUAUUUUGAGGAGCUAUUACUGGGAUGAAAACACUGGUAUAGUUACACUUAUUAACGAGAGUGGAAAUAUUUAUAAUAUUCAAGAAGAAAUGAGAAGAAAAGAAGAACUGGAACAAAAACGCUUAGACGAUUUACGAAGACAAGAGCAAUUGAGGAAAGAUCAAAUGAGAAUAGACCAAAUAAGACAACAGCUCAAACUAGAGCAAGAAAGGCUACUAGAAGAUGAACGAAAACGAUUAGCAGAAACAAACAGACAAAUAGCCGAACAAAAGAGGCUUGAAGACGAGCGAAGAAGAAUCGAUGAACUACGCAGGCGAGACGAAUUGAGAAGAGAGGAAGAAAGACGGAGAUUGGAAGAAGGAAGAAUAAAUAAAGAGAACGAAGAAAAAAGAAGGGAGGAAAUAAGGAUCCAGAACGAGGCCAGACGAAGAGAAGAAGAAAUAAGAUUAGAAGAAGAAAGAAGAAGAGAAGAAGCGAGGAACAAUGCAAAUAGAUUCCCAUCACAUCAAAAUAGGUACGAUGAAGAAAGAAGAAAAGAGGAAGAAAAUAGGCGAGCUGAAGAAAAACGCAGAGAAGAAGAGAGACGACGUAUAGAACAAAUAAAAGUUACUGAAGAAAGACGAAGACAAGAGCAAGCACGAUUAGAACAAUGGCGAAAACAACAGGAGCAAAUCAGAGCUAGACAAGAAGAUGAGAGAAGGAGAAUGAUACAAAACGGUUGGACGGAAGAACAGAUAAGGAGGUAUUUCGAAGAAGUCAGGAGAAGGGAACAUGCUGAAAACUCUGGAGGUUUCACUUCUGGAAGUUAUGACCAAUAUGGUAAUAGAAGAGUCGUUACGGGAUAUUUUGACUCAAAAGGGAAUUAUCAUGAUUCAAAUAAUCCAAACGAAAUUAUCUUCAACAAGACUUUUGUCGUAGAAAGUAGCACAUCUUACCCAAUAGAAUUCACAGCCGGUGACUCUCGUACUUUUAGUAGCAACUUCGAUGACUUAGGAUCUGGUUUUACAGUUCAAACUUUGAAUUUGGGAGGAAACGGCGAUUCAAAUAAUAAGAAUAUUGGAGAAUCACGCGUAAGCAGCAACAGCAGAACAUCAAACUAUGGAAGUAGUUCCAACUAUGGAGGAAGUUCACGUGCUACAAGUAGUGGGGGUUACGGCCAAAGAAAUUUGGAUUCAGGAUCGGGAACCUACAGAAGAGAAUGGUCAUCAGAGGGUAGCUCGUUUACUAGUGGAAAGCUGCCUACCACUUAUUUCCACAACUCUAUAGAAAGUGAUGUAGCUAACGACGAACCAAUCAGACACUCUAAAUCGAGAGACAAAAGGCAAGCGUUGGACGAUCCGUAUGAAUACAUCAAAGCUCUUGUUAAAUGUAAAUCUACUGAAUGUAUCUACAUCAGAUGCGUCGUAGGAGCUUUGGAUAAGAACAAGGACGUUUAUAUUGCUUUGAGAUCAAGACUUAAUGUGAGAGCAUUGAAAGAUAUUCCUGCUAAAGAUCAAAGUAUAAAAUUAUCUUCCAUGAUGGUGGGCUCAAUUACAGAACUUCCAUUUUUGAAACGUAUAGAUAAAAAUAAACAAGUAAUGAUACAGCACGAAAUAUUUACCGAAAUACCUGCCAAAGAAGUCGAAUUGAUACCUGAAGUAGCUCCAUUAUGGAUUUAUAUUGUUUCAGCAGUAGCUGGAAUCGUAAUGUUAUUACUAUUAAUUUGGCUGCUAAGUAAGUGUGGCUUCUUCAAGAGAAACAGGCCAGCCCCAGGUCCAGAAAGACAACCGUUGAACAGAAAUGGAUACCAUAGCGGAGACGAAGCACUUUAGAGAGCUAGCUAGGAAAAAGUGAAAUUUUUGGUAGCUGACUUACUGCCUCUUAACACGAAUAAAAGACUCGAUUUUUUUAAUUUAUUUUCAUGGAGUGUGCGUGUGUACAUGUGUUUAGUCGAAUGUAUAUUUUUUAUAAUUACUAUAAUUUUUUCUUCUAUAAUCGAAAUGUCAACUCGAAAUAUGCGCUAACUUAUUGAUUAUCUUUUAACAUUGUGCCAUUUUAAAACAAAUCUAACUAGUGACGAAUAUAAAAUUGGUUUUGAUAAAUAUUGGAAAGUACUACAGAAGGAUAUUUCGACAUUAUCUGUGCACUUCUUCAUCUAUGACAACAUUUCAAAUUUUGAGCUCCCAAUAGUGCAACUUGUUGUUGUAUAGUUUCAAUUUGGCAGUUUAAUUCCUUCUUCAUACGUACAAAAACCCACAGAGUCUGGGUCUACCAAAGUAUUUUCUUGCACAACGAACUAUUUUGUUAUUAUUACUGCAUUAGUGUUGAGGUCUUUCACCACCUAAUUAAAAAUUGCAGGCUCACAGGAUCACUGCUAUAUGUUGUUAUCGAUUUCCCCGUUUUUAGGUAGGAAUUCCGUGGAAAAGCUUCUAGAUCUCUGUUCUGAGAAAGCUGGCCUACUUGUUGAGGUGGGUUCAGCAUUUCUCGACAUUUUUGUGAGAAGAGCUUGAGCCAUUUUUGAUUAUAUUGUUAAGAGUAUUGGUUUGUAAGUCUUUUUCGUUGCCUCUGCCCUUUUGGGUCAAAUAGUAUGAAAUACUACUUGGUUCAUUUGUUCAGUUGGUCCUGCUGUAUAUCCUGUAUUGCACUUUCUUUUUGUUUAUCACAGUUGUGUAUGAGCUUGCAUUGGGGUCUCAGAGAAGGACCAUUUGAUUUGAUACGUUGAGUUUUCUUGUUAUGAUCAAGUCCGCUGGCUCCUUCAUAAUUCCUGUAACCUCUCCUUUACUUGAUGCGGAUCUUAAUACUGUUAUUACUUCUUCCUUCAUCAGUAACAUUUGAAGGGAAUUUCUGAUCGCAUUUAUGAUCUUAUUAUGGUAUCUUUUUUCAUUUAUCAAUAAUAUUGCUUGCACCAUAGACCCAAUGGUUCGGACGAGCCCCGUACGACUCUCAGGUGGGAAAGUUAUUCCUUGCAUUAGUUGAAUAUGUAGGUUGUUUAGUCCAUAAUCAAUCAGACUGUUUUGGCCAAGUAUUCUUUGAUCUUGACCGGACGCUCUAAUUGUUCCAGAUGCAGACCUUUUUAUUCCCCUUGAUGUUUCGACCCUCAACUCCUGUUCUUACCUCAUCGAAUGAAUAUUGAAGCAGGUCAUGAUGUUCAUUAUGGGUGUGGCGACAAGGAAUUUGGAACAAGGUUUCCCUGUUUAAUUAAAUCAACGACAUCUGAAAUCUUUAUCUGCGUGGAGCAAACAUUAGCUUCAUAUGCCUUAUAUUUAUCUGCUGUGCCUGAGCUGUUCAAUGAGUCUGAUUUCCUUAGGUAUGUGAAUACUGCUGAUAGCACUCCCGCUAUUUGGUUGGAUAGGUCUAGAUCGAUAGUGAUCCCGGUUUCACUUUCUAUAAGAGGUUUGCCAAUUGGACCUAAUUUGCCCUCUAUUAACUCAUAAACAGACAUUACUUUCCCAAUCUCUGUGUCCCUUAGCGCCUCUCUUUCGGAUUGGGUCAAGUUGUCGUAAUAUCAGUCUCCAUUGCAGAUGCAGCCAUAAUUACUUUUUUGUAAUCCUGAAUAACUCUUUAUAAUAUAUUAUACUAUCUGGUUUUGCUUUUGAAUAUUGUUUGACCAUAAGUUCUUGAGAUGGUUUAGAAGUAUCCCAUAUUUGUAUGUGAUUUGUAAAGAAGUCUUUGCCAGCUAUAUUAUGAGCGGUAAUCGGGGAAAUCGGUAACAACAUAUGGCAAUUUUCAAUAAGAACCUUGAAGGACAACUUGGUGAAUGGAAAUCGGCACUACAAAGUUGUUCGUUGUGAAGAAAAAUGAUCCAGAACGAAACUUUUGAGAAUUGAAUUUCCCGAAUUGCAUAUAAAUAAAAAAUUGGUAACAUGAAUUGAUAAUCACAAAAAUAGAUAAUCAUGGAGAUUUUUUUUUCUAAAAAAUGUCCAAAAUAUAUCCAAUAUGACUAGAGCUGGGAGGUUUACUAAAGGUAUCAGUUUAAGAUCAAAAUAUUCACCUGUUUUCUUCUCCAUUUACAAAUGCACCUAAAAAAAUUAAAUAGCAGUAACCACUAAAUAUCGGACUAGUUUGUCUUUGGAGAAAAUGAACUUUUGGUGCUUUCUAUUACUAUAAAUAUUUUCUCAACCUAACGUGCCAUUAAAAUAAUUAGAAACUUCUCAUGGGCUUUUUAAUUUAAUGCUAACUGUUCUUCAUUAUUUUAAUUUUGGAAAAGGAUCGUAUUUUACAAAUUCUUGUCUUAUUGAUCAGAUCCGUUACAUUUUUGUAAUUAUAUCUUGAAAUAUAACAAAUUGUGAAUAAAUAAUGAUUCCUACACA